AUGUUGAGCGAAGUUUUGCUCGAAGAAUUUGAAGUUCUCGAAUCCAUUUAUCCAACAGAACUAUCAAAAUCUUCCGAAAGGGACAUCCAGAUAGACGUAGAAGCUGACGAAGUUGAGGAGGGCCUGGCGUCCCUAAAAUUGACUCUCGAUGUUCAUUACACUGAUCAUUAUCCAGAUGCUUUACCGGAAUUGUCUCUGGUUCCCCUUGAAGGGGACGUAGAACAAGGGGAAUUGGACGACCUCCUGGAAGGGCUGAUAAAAGUCGGAGAGGAAAACCUCGGAAUGGCAAUGACAUUUACUUUGGUGUCACAUCUCAGAGAACAACUGACCUCGCUUGUCCAAUCGCGAGACGCUCGUCAAAAGUUUGAAGAAAACGAAAAAGAGCGAUUGGUUUUAGAGGAGGAAGAACGUCGAACUCGUGGAACACCUGUGUCAGUGGAGUCCUUCAAGGCAUGGAAAGCCAAAUUCGACAAAGAACAAGCCGACAGAAAAUCCAAGGAGGAGGAAGAGCGAUUAAAAGGUUUCACAGCUAAAGAACGCGAGGAGUACAAACGAAUGAAUACCCGGCUAUCUGGUCGACAACUUUUCGAACGCAACAGGAAUUUGGAUGAAGAGACUCUGUUGGAGGAAGGCACCGUAUCAGUCGACAUAAGUCAGUACGAACGUACUAGAGAAGAGGAAGAAGAAGAAGAGGAACAUAUUACAUUUAGUGACAGCGACUAA